AUGUCCUCCCAACUACUCGGAUCUGACUUUGUUCCCCCAAUAUCUGCACAACCUCGCAGAUCAUUAUUUGGUGGCCCAAGCAGUGAUGUCGCCCAACCAUCGUCUCCACCAGCGCCAGUGAGACAGUCACUCUUUGGUGGACCAGUCAGCCAAGAUGAUUUUAAGAACUCCAUCAAUGCAGACGAGCCUAUGGAUGAGGAAGAUGACGAUCCAGAAACUGAGUUCGAUAUGCCCAUGAAAGAACGACCAUUGCAGACGCAUUAUGACUCUGAUGGUGACAGUUUCCACGGCAGUGGCGAUGACCAGAAAGCACAAAUGCGGAGACAUUCCAGACCUUCCCCAAUGGCAGCUUCAAGUCCACCCCAAAAUACAGGGCCGAUUGAGCCGGUUUAUUAUACUGUAGACCGAGGUCUCGACCUUCGGCCUGGUGCUAGGCGUCCCAAUAUCUUCACUGGGCACUCAUCUACGUGGAGGAAGUACAAUGCAGAUGACAUCGGCGCCUAUGAAGCUGCUCUUAAUAUCAGAUCAAGAGAUUUGGCAGCACAUCUGUACAACGCACAUGCGAUUCGCAGGCGAACGCGAGUCACUUCAAAAAAAUCAUACGCCGAUGAUGAUUUCAGGUUUUCUGUUCCUCGAAGAUGGACGGCAUGGCCCUUGCCUGCUGCGGAUGUUCCCAGACUCGAUGAUAUCAUCAAAGACAAACUUGAUUCUGGGAAUUUGCGGAUGGAAUCUGACCUUCGCCCCAGUGCCGACCUGGAAGAAUCCAUUUUGGCUGUCAUGUCGAAGACAGCCAGGGAAAGAUACCGAGCCCGGGAAUGGGACUAUGAUGGUGUCAAUUCCAAAAAGCUUCUCGAUGGGGAUGAAAUUAUGCAGGACCAGAUCCUGCAGAAGGAAGAAGAAGACCUCAAUGCUGAGCCAAUGAAUACGAUCUCCUUUGAACCAAUAAUUCAACUGGAUGACGACAAAUCCGCAGAACAAUUACGUCCAUUGACACGCAAUAUCCUGACCCAGUUAGAUCGGCUUCUGACGGGGCUUCAUUAUUCCAUGAAAGGCCGCAUGCUUGAGGAUCUUUCUGAGGAUGAGCAGACAUCUGAUAUAGAUGACGAAGAUCGUCCAAGACAAAGCCGAAGUCGAUCCCGGGGACGCAAAAUCACCCAAAAAUCUCCUGGAAAGCAAUCACCUCAUCGUUCUCUUAGUGUCCAGAUGUCCUCUGUGGCAGACACCGAUGACGAGAGCUUACCAGAUGCCCCUCGCCCGCGAGAUCAGUCCCGUGCGUCCCAUGCAAGUCAGGAUCAAGAGCAGGGCUCUUUCGUCAAGGGUAGACUCAAAUUGCGUGACUGGAGUGAAGUGAUGGGUCUAGCAUCCAUGAUGGGAUUCCCCUCCGACGUGGUAAUGCGCACCUCGAAACGGUGUGCAGAUCUCUUCGGAGAAGACCUUGAGUUCCGAACUUUACCGGAAGGCCACAUUCGGAAGAAGCAGAAAGCGAAUGGCCAGGAGGAUUACGUUUAUACCGAAAGCGAGAGCGAGUCUGAGAGCGACACUGACCAUGAUGUGGCACCACCAAUCCCGCAGCCCUUGGCCGAUUCAACGCCGAAGACCAAGGCCAACACCAAGGCAAUUCCCAAGACCAAACCAACGCCAAAACCAAAGUCCAAGCCACAGCCCAAGGCUUCAUCCUCACGACGAAAACAGCACAAAACCCCCGCCAUGGUCCCCUCUUCCUCGCCAUCCGCAUCGCCAGAGCCGUCCAAUGCCCCUUCAAGAAAUUCCUCGAGAGCUCCAUCAAUAUCAUUAUCAAGAGCCACCUCAGUGAAUAGGGAACAAGCGACAGAUAGAGAAUCAAGGCCAGUCCGACCAGGCGUUGGCAAAGGCCCCCAUCGAAAAGCAGAUAUCCUCUGCCCAUACAAAGACUGUCCGCGACGUUCAAACGGAUUCUCGCGCAAAUGGAACCUCAAUCAGCAUAUGAAGAAGUCACAUGGUGUGACUGUAAGGGAUACCUCUCAUCAGCGUGGAGUUAGUGGGCCGGAGGAUGAUCUGGCUAUUAUGAUUGAUUAG